AUGAUCAAGCCGUGUUCCCUAUUACUUCGCUCGUGCCCCGCAAAAGCCGUCCAUAAAAAGCGAAUGGUCCCAUUGGCCAUCCGAGUCCCCGGGUUAUCGCAACCCGUGCCGGAAUCGAUUUUCACAUCGCUUCGAUGGCGGCCCCCCAUAUCCUCGACGUCGACUUUGCUCGCUCGCAGUUUCCAGCACUCAAAGCUGGCUUCAUCUUCGCCGACAACGCCGGGCGGCAGCCAAGUUACCCAGUCCGCCAUCGAUCUCAUCGUCGACUAUCUCACACCAACACCAAUGCCCAACUGGGAGCCGACUACAGCGUCUCGGCUCGAAAUUGCCUUUGGACCCAGCUCGACAAGCAAUCUGGAGAAUCUGGCCAGAGGACUGGAGCCUGAUAUCCAGCCUGGAGACGAGUUUAUCGUCACUGGGGAGCACGAAGCUAAUUGCGGCGCCUGGAAGAAACUUGCAGCACGACGUGGAGCCGUGGUCAAAUACUGGCAUUCCACGCCAACCCACCCCAAUAAUCCCUAUUCAUUCUCCCUCAAAGUGGAAGACUUGUUGCCCUUGAUCACCGCCAAAACACGGAUCGUGGCAUUUACUGCGACCUCGAAUUUGCUUGGAUCGGUUGUGCCAGUCCAAGAGAUUACCAGGGCCCUCAGAGCAGAUGCCGCUGCGAAAGGCGAAGAAAGUAGAGGUUUCAAUUGA